UUAUUUUCUUCAGUUUAGAAUAACACUUCCUUGUUGAUUUAAGAAUUCUAACAUGCAGACACUUGUCUUUUUGAUAUUAUUGAGACUGACGUUUUCAUCUGGAUACCAAAUCCUAUCUCAGAAUAAGGAGACCCAACAGGCUAAGGAUGUACCCUUCUGUCAAGAAACUGGAACAUGUCAGAAGUAUCAAUCCAGUCGUGCAGUGGAUGGAGACAUUAACACGUGUACAAGGACAGCAUCUAUCGGAACUAUAUAUCCAGAUAAAUGGACAUGGUGGUAUGCUGACCUUGAGAAAGUACUCAGCAUCUACAGCAUCAGAAUACAGUUCAUGGACUAUGGAGAACAAUAUGGGGUGGAUGGGCAACCUCACCGAUUUUGCUGAAAUUUGGCAUAUACCCUGUCAUAGAAUUUUGUACCAAAAUUCAUGAUUGAGGUACCGUUGCCAUGGUAACACGAAUACUUUGAACAGCUCACAAGAUGCUUAAAAUUGCUCGAUUUUGGUCUGUUUUUGAUUAAAUAUCAACGAAUUAAUUUUACUGAUGUACAAAGUUUUCUAUUGCUUGCUUAAAGAUUAGGUUCAGCCUAACAAAUUCUUAAUAAAACAUAAAUAAAUCAA